CGCUUUCUUUCCUCGCUUUAAUUACCCCACCCUCGGAAAUGCUGUUCGCUUGUUGUGACACAGUAAAACACUUAAAGCAACACCUUCAAGGAUGAUUGAAGUAUUGUUCUUACAUCCAUCAUAUCCCAAAAUAUACAACAAGUAUUCAAGAUGACAGGCGGAGAACCAUCAAUCGAUCAAAUAAAGGCUAUCAAGCCUUCACCUCCAGUAAUCGUAACACCUCUAACCAAGUUCUUCAAAGUUCAACAUCCGAUCAUCUUGGCAGGUAUGAAUCAAGCUGCCGGUCCAGAAUUAGCAGCUGCCGUUUCAAAUGCAGGCGGGAUUGGUUGUUUAGGUGGUGUUUCUUAUACUCCAAAAAUGUUACGUGGCGUUAUUCAAGACCUAAAAGCUGCCCUACGUGAACCAACAUUACCUUGGGGUGUUGAUUUGCUAUUACCGCAAGUUGGUGGUAAUGCAAGAAAGACGAACAAAGAUUACACAAAAGGUACUUUGGAUCAACUGAUCGAUGUAAUCAUCGAAGAAGGUGCAAGCUUUUUCGUUUCUGCAGUUGGUGUACCACCAAAGCAUGUUGUUGAACGAUUACACAAACAUGGAAUCUUGGUCGCCAAUAUGAUCGGACAUCCUAAACAUGUUAAGAAAGCCUUGGAUGUAGGGAUUGAUAUGAUUAUCGCUCAAGCAGGUGAAGCUGGUGGUCAUACUGGUGAUGUUCCAUUUAGCAUCUUGAUUCCAAAAGUGGUUGAUUUGGUCAAACAUUCUCGUUCUCGUUUGACAGGUCAAGCUGUACAAGUCGUCGCAGCCGGAGGUAUUUAUGAUGGAAGAGGACUUGCAGCCAGCUUGGUACAUGGAGCAUCAGCUGUUUGGGUAGGCACAAGGUUUGUUGCCAGUAUUGAAUCUGGUGCACCACAAGGACAUAAAGAUGCUAUUAUCAAUGCAAGAGAAGAGAGUAUCGUCAAGACAACAAUCUUUACUGGUCGUCCUCUACAUAUUGUGAAUACAGAUUACAUUCAAUCAUGGCUAGAAAAGCCAGAUUUGAUCAAGAAACUACAAAAUGAAGGAAAGGUACCGGUAGAGUGGGAUUUAGAACAGGGUGACGAUGAUGAAGGUACAAAAGUUAAAGGUGUUAUGGCUCACUACUUUGCUGGAAAGGUUGCGUCUUCCAUUCAAGAUAUUUUACCUGCCAAGACGAUCGUUGAUAAUAUGGUGAAUGAAGCCGCACGUGCUCUACAAGGAGGUAAUCGAUUAAUUGUACAGAAUGGAUCUGCCAAACUUUGAUAGAGAGAGAGAGGAGGGAGAUCCAUGCGUUCCCCUGAUUUGUGAAUAUAUGUCGAUCAAUAUCAUAUCGUCGUGUGACCC